AAGGGUCACCCCUAUUUCUAUUCAUCGCUUAGUUCUUGAUAAGUGUUAACUGAUUUGAUGAUGUUAUCGUCAUUGCUUGUGACAAUUGACGGCACAAAAUAACAUGAACGCCAUGCAAACGAUUUAGAUCUGACACGAUAAAAAUUAUUAACAUGUCUUUUAUUUUUAUCAUCAAUGGUAAAUUAACUAAAUAUAAGUAAUCUUUAAAAAAUAGUCUGUAGUACACGUAACACAUCAUCACGGCGUUUCAUAAAAGAGCCAUUGAAUCCUAUAUACACCUUUAUAUAUAUAUAUAUAUUUAUGAUAUGAAUUAAAUUGACUUUUCUAUUCUAUGUUUAUGUAUAGUAGUAUUCCAUGUUGCUGUGAAAAGAUGAUUGAUGUCAUAAUAUGUUUUCGGCAGGAAAUACCAAGUCGCAAUAAAAAAAAGGGACCUUAUGAUAGAAUCCAGACAUCUCUUGUAUAUAUUGCUACAUCGAAUCAAAUAUAUACAACCAUGAUAUUUCUAUCAACGAUAGAAAUAAUUUUUUGUUUAAAUUAUUAGUUCAAGAACGGCAGAACACUAUGUUGAGUUAUAACACACAUCUGAUUCAUAUUAUAAUUGAAUUUUUUUUCUAUAGUUCGAUUCAGAUUUCUAAUCGAGUAGGAUACAUGCUGAUGUAAAAUACGACGACAAUAUGAAUAAUAUUAUCAUAAAUUGACGAAUACAAACAUUUCUUUCAUUGAAAUAUAUGUUGAAUUAUUGAUCGAAUAAGAGUCAAAUUUAAAAGAAAAUGUUAUUUCUCAAAUAUAUCUACAAAUUUUUAUUGAUAGAUUUUAAGGGUAGAAAAAUUGAUGUUAUUUUCAAUCUAUGUUUAGUAAAGUAAAGAUAUAGCUCUGUAAAAUUUAUAUAUAUAUAUAUAUAUCAAUCAUUCGUAUGUAUAACCCUAUUCAGCAGUUUAUAGAAUUGAUUUUUAGUUUAUAAUUGUUAGGUAAUAACACUUCAGAAUGAUCAAUCAUUUCUGAUAUUUACCAGAUAACCAUUUGUUCUCUGUAUUGAUUCAAUAAAGUAAAGUAACUUCAAAAGCUAUUUAUUCUCUAAGAGCAAAUAGAUUUAACACACGAAAUAAUCAUGUGCAAUGUGAUAUAAAACUAUUUAUGUUUCCCAAUGUCCUAUAAUCCUUUUUUGCGUGAAUACGAAAUCUAAUUAAACCUUUGAUGAAAACAAUUUUAAAAGCUUUCUCUUUAUUCAAUAAUUAGAAUUGUCGCAAUUGCAAGCGCAUGUAUGGUUUCAAUAAAUGAAUUCAACGAUGAUCUUUGUGAAAUCACCGAUGAAGAUGAAGAUGAUAAUAAUUAUCUAUUCAAUAGUAAUAAAAUUCUUCUUGAUGAUGAAUUCAAUCCAUCUAUAUCUAUGGCAUCAUCGGAUAAACAGAGUGCUAAUCAACAAGAAUGGGUUCAUGAUCUUCUAGCACUGAGCUCAUUAAUGUCACAUCAUAUAAAUUCGAAUGAUUUUAUAUCAUCUGAAAGUCGACUUAUUCAUUCGAAAUUUCAACGUUUAUUUCAUUUUCUUGUUACCGAUGUAUAUACUGAACCAAUCAAACAAGCUUUAGGUGACGAAAUUUCAAAUUUAGCUGAAGUUGAUGAUGCUCUAAUCAAACUAAAUAGAAAUGCAACAUUAAAAUUUCGAAAUUAUAAACAAUUUCGUAAACAACAACUUGUAUCUUCGAAUGUAUCGACAAAUAUGAGACAAACAAUUUCUAGCUCAAACAUUGGACGUUAUCGAAUGUUUCGAUCAAAAAGUUCGUUUAGAUAUUUUGUUCAUUGGCUUCUUCAUAGUUCAUUUUUUACAUGGUUUAUUAGUAUAAUCAUUUGUCUAGAUGUAAUUAGCGUUGCCAUUACAUCAGAAUAUAGUUCACCCAAUGAUUCGAAAUCUCUUGUUUACAAUAUAGCUGUAUUCAUAAAUCGAUGUAUUCUAUUCGUAUAUUUAUUUGAAAUAAUAUUUAAAUGGAUUGAAAAUUUUAUAAAUUUCUGGUAUUCACCUGCAAAUAUUCUUGAAUUUAUUCUUACUAUUAUAUCGUUAAGUAAUUUAAUUAAUGAGAUUUAUUUCGAUACAAAAAAUGAUAAUAGUAUAGAAAUCAAUAGAAAAUUUCAUAACAAUAAUCCAAAUACAACUGAUACUCUACAACGAAUUAAAUCCUAUGGAUCAAUAUUAUCUUUAUUACGAACAUUACGCAUGUUACGUGUUCUACGUUUGCUGGAAAUAGCAUUUUAUUUUACACAAGUUCGAAUUGUUUUUUUCGCUCUUAGUCGUUCUGUUAAACUUAUCUUUCAUGUUGUUCUUCUAACUAUUGUACUCAAUUAUUUUUUUGCACUCAUUGCUCUUUAUUUAACCCAAUUCGGAUUGAAUACGACAUCAAAUGAGCAGAGAAAAAAAAUCAAUGCAUUAUUUGGAACAGUACCUCAAGCGUUUAUUACUGUUUUCCGUAUAUUUACAAAAGAUGAAUGGUUUGAAAUUAAAACGGAAAUGUAUUCUAUACAAAUUAAACCAUUUAUCAUUGAUUUAUAUGUCAUGAUUUGGUUAUUUUUUGGUGGCUACGUGCUUAAUCCAUUACUUAUUGGAGCAAUGGUAGGCACAUUUGAUGAAGCUCGAAAAGAACUAAAUUCAACUCUAAAACGAAAAAUAUCUACUAUUAAUUCAUCCCUUGAUGAAAUAAAUCUUCUAGCUGAUAGUCCAUCAUCAUUACUUACUAAUAUCAAUAACGAUAACGAUAAAUUCAGUCAAUGGCUUCGUACUACUUCCGAUGAAAUUAGUUUACUAGUUCAAGAUCGAAUUGAAACUCAAUGGCCACUUUAUACAGCUUUUUAUUAUGUUCAAUUACUUGAAAUAUAUUUUGAAAAUAUAGCUGAACGACAACUUCUCUUUGAUUUUAUUUCUAUUUCUUUGUUAGCAUUGCAUGAUAAAGAAACAACAUCCAUUGAUCCACCGAUUCUUUCAUCAUCAUCAUCAUCAUCAUCAUCAUCGUGUGAUGAUGAUAAUUGA